AGAAACAGUCUCCUCAUCUUCUGAGCAAAAAAAUGGAAGUGGCUCUUCUCUCCUUCUCUUCUUCCUUGUCUCCUCUCUGUCACCAGCGAAUCUCAACUCUCACACCCAAAACCUCGAAUUCCCCAAAUUACCCUCGCCUCCCGGUCAUCAGAUCCGCGGUGUCUCGUAACAAGAAGGAAGAGACUGUCGAAGCCGUCAAGUCUCACUUGGAGAACUGCCAUCUCCUCGCCGCCAUCAACUACAAAGGCCUCACCGUCAAGCAGUUUCAAGACCUCCGGAGAACUCUCCCCGACACUACAAAGCUCAUCGUCGCCAAGAACACUUUGGUCUUCAAAGCCAUUGAAGGCACCAAAUGGGAAGCUCUCAAGCCUUGUAUGAAAGGCAUGAACGCUUGGCUUUUCGUCCAGACCGAUGAAAUCCCUUCUGCUAUCAAACCCUACCGGAGCUUCCAGAAGGAACGCAAGCUUGAAAACAAUGACUUUGCCGGCGCUGUCUUCGAAGGUAAGUUCUACGCUCCUGACAAUUUCAAAGUCCUCGAGACCAUGCCCACUCGUGCUGAGGUCUACGCUAAGAUGCUCGGUGCUCUGCAAUCUCCGGCUAUUAAUCUCGUCACUACUUUACAAGCACCAGCAAGAGAGGUUAUAAUGGUGCUUAUGGCUUACAUUAAGAAGUUGGAAGAUGAGAGUAAUGCAUAGUUAAGCUUGUACUAAUCUUUUGGAGAAUGUAAUGUACGCAACAAAAGGCAAUUCAAUUUUUUGUUUAUGACUCUCUCAAGCACCAAUUGUUAUUACAGUGACUGAGUUUUAUUGAAAUGUUGUUUUUCGGAGUGCUCUC